AUGGAUAUUCAUGUUCUUCAAAGCCAGCCCGCCCAGAAGGUCGCGUUGAAAGACUCUUCCACGGUUCGUGUGGGUAAUAAACUUGUUCGCAAUAAGCCACCCACCCAGCCCUCUGCUAUGCGACCCAAGCGUAAUCCAAACGCUGUAAAAAGUAAUGUACAGACUGCAAGUGAAGCGGGAGUUGUUGUUCCACCCGCCCAACCCACGAGUUGUCAUUUGGUCCGCGGCGGGUUCCAGCCGCGCCUUCCGACUUCGCUGCUGCCGCCCCCAGGGCAGCAGCAGCAGCCGUCGCCGCUACCACGCCGACAGCCCGUCCCGUUGAUGCCUCCCGCGCAGCUUGAUCCGGGAGCGCCCCAGGUGGUCGCUCCGGCGCCUGCGGUCCCUCUUCAGUCGCCACCGCCUUCGGAGCUGAUGGACGUCGACCCCUCAGCCGGGCCGCCUUCCCAAGCGGUGGCUGUACUGCCUGUCCUGCAGCCGCUUUGCUUGGGCACCCCCAAGGAGUCUGACCCCGCAGCGCCUUGUCCGGCGCCCACUCAGCAGCCGUCGACGCAGCGUCAGGAGACGCUGCCUCUCUUCGUGGGUCCCGACGCCCCGUCGCGUCCAGUACCAGAAGCUGCGCCCGUGGUCACAGGCUGGUCGAGCCGUCGCUUCUCGGGCCUGUACCGCCACAGGCCUCGCGAGCUCACGGGACGACUGUGGAGGAGGUUCCCGUCAAGACGUGCUGAAACUUUCAGCCACUCUCAGCCGCCCUCACCCCAGUUCAUGUGGCAGGUGUAG